UAUGUCCCUGUCGUCCGUCCGCCCAUCUAUAUGCGAGGGAUAGCUAGAUGUGGGUUUUAAAAUUUUAUUCACCCGUUGCCAGAACUUACCAAAGUAUUUAUGAUUUAUUUCACUAGCAAUAUUAUCCAUUAUUAUUUGUUUGUGCUUAUUUUGGCAAGUACGUAGUGCAGAUUUAAAUUCCGCUCGACAUUGUUUACGCCGCUCAAUCGCUUCACCUGUAGUGGGACAACCGGCUUGGUGCCACAGAUAUAACGCGCGUCUAGACGCCGCAUACUUCUCCGCUACAUAUUUAUUCCAACCCGGAAUAGAUCUGUUUUUCUUUUUAUUUGUGUUCUUACGACUAUGCGAAGCCGCUUGAGAUCCGUUUUGCAUUAUUGACACUAUAUUUCUAUAGCAAUAGUCGAUAUUGGUCGGUAUACUCAUGUCGAUUUUUUGUACCAUUAAUUGAUAAAUACCGUUGUAGACCGUACUUGUAUACUUUUCAACCUGUGCUGCGGUACAAGACUUCCAGCUCCAAUUAGGUGGCCUAAUAUCAUGUACGUUAUUGGUUACGGUCAAUGAGUCCAACUUCAACUCGAGGUAUAUAGGUCGGUGGUCGGUCCAGUCUACCGAUAUGUCUACGGACAAUGCAGUUAUCGCACCGAACGCGCUCUCAGUCGCCAGGCAGUGGUCGAGCCAGCUCGUAGUGUGAUGUGCGUCACUGACGUAUGUGUAUGUGUCUCGCGACGGAGGAUGGACGUGUUGCGGCCAUCAUGCGCCGCCUUCUUCUGCCUACUACUCCUGUGCUUCACACAAUUUACAGAAUGCGUGAACGCGAAGAUAAACUUCAGGGAGAAGGAGAAACAGAUUCUGGACCAGAUCCUCGGGCCGGGGCGGUACGACGCGCGGAUCCGGCCCUCCGGCAUCAACGGCACUGGCGAAGCUCCCACGUUAGUGCGAGUCAACCUGUAUCUUCGAUCCAUCAGCAAAAUAGAUGAUUAUAAAAUGGAAUACUCCGUUCAGCUGACGUUCAGAGAACAAUGGUUAGACGAAAGGCUGAAAUUCAACAACUUGGGUGGCCGGCUCAAAUACCUAACCCUCACGGAAGCCAACCGCGUGUGGAUGCCCGAUCUCUUCUUCUCGAACGAGAAGGAGGGACACUUCCACAACAUCAUCAUGCCGAACGUCUACAUCCGGAUCUUCCCCAACGGCAACGUGCUCUACAGCAUCCGAAUCUCGCUGACGCUGUCCUGCCCCAUGAAUCUGAAGCUGUAUCCAUUGGACAAGCAGACCUGCUCGCUCAGGAUGGCCAGUUAUGGCUGGACGACAGAUGACCUAGUGUUCCUAUGGAAGGAAGGUGACCCCGUGCAAGUCGUCAAGAACUUACACCUACCACGCUUCACGCUCGAGAAGUUCCUCACUGAUUACUGCAACAGCAAAACUAAUACUGGUGAAUACAGUUGCCUGAAGGUAGACUUGCUGUUCAAGCGCGAGUUCAGUUACUACCUGAUCCAGAUCUAUAUCCCCUGCUGCAUGCUGGUCAUCGUAUCCUGGGUGUCCUUCUGGCUAGACCAGGGCGCGGUCCCUGCCAGGGUGUCGCUAGGAGUGACAACGCUCCUGACGAUGGCCACCCAGACGUCAGGCAUCAACGCUUCCCUGCCGCCCGUCUCCUACACCAAGGCCAUCGACGUCUGGACCGGCGUCUGUCUGACAUUCGUCUUCGGGGCCUUACUGGAGUUCGCUCUGGUCAACUAUGCGUCUCGCUCCAACAAGCACAGGGAGAACAUGAAGAAGACGCGUAGAGAGAUGGAGGCAGCCACCGCGAACCUGGACGCCGCGUCAGACCUGCUGGACACCGACAGCAACGCCACCUUCGCGAUGAAACCGCUGCGCGGCGGCGAACCGAAGAUGCGGCAGUGCGAGGUGCACAUGAACCCCGCGCGCAAGAACUGCUGCCGGCUGUGGAUGUCCAAGUUCCCCACGCGCUCCAAGAGGAUAGACGUCAUCUCCAGGAUCACCUUCCCGCUGGUCUUCGCCCUCUUCAACCUGGCCUAUUGGUCAACCUACUUAUUCCGCGACGAGGACGAAGAGAACUGAUUCGCGCGCGACGCCGCCGCGGCCCCGCAGCACGCGAAGCUCGCCUUCGCCGUGCUCGCGCCCUACGCGCUCUUCGCGCUCGCCUACGCGCUCUUCCUCCGCCAGCGGCCGCUCGCGGAGACCUUCUGUCCCUGCUACCGCCCUGGUACAGACUGGCCGAGCAAGCGCGGCUCCUCCCCCGGCUCCAGUAUCAUGCUCACUGUCAGGACGGAGAACGAUGAGCGAGGGCGCAGGUCUUAAGGCUGUUAGACUCAUAGAUUAUGACUUGCUGAUGAACCUUCUCUCCCUGCUACCGCCCUGGUACCGGUUGGCGAAGCAAGCGUGGCUUUUCUCCGGGAUCCAGCAUCACGGGAUGGCGAACGACGAGCGAGGGCGCAGGUCUUAAGGCUGCUAGACUUAUAGAUUAUGACUUGCUGCACCUUCCCUCCCUGCUACCGCCCUGGUACCGACUGGCGAAGCAAGCGUGGCUUUUCUCCGGGAUCCAGCAUCAUGCUCACGGGAUGGCGAACGAUGAACGAGGGCAUUGUUCUUAAAGCUCGUGAAAGCUGUAGAUUAUGACGCGAAUGUGCGGAGCAAACGAAGAUUGUCUCCGGGCGCCAGUGUGAUAACCACAACUGAUAAACGAAGACAGAGGAAAGUUCGACUUGCUGAAAAAUUAGUACACGGCCAAGAUAAAGUUUUCAUGAUCAACUGGUGCUCUCUGCCCUGAUUACUUUCAUCUACGUACAUAACCUAAUUCCUAAAAUGUUUACAGUCAUGAUAUGAGCGAGCGAAAAAGUCGUAAAUACAGACUUUUACGGUUUAUAUCUUUUUUUGGGGCUGUGCCAAUGCCGAUAGGUAGGUAGCUAUUUCAGUUCAGCAUCUAAUUCAAUGGGUAAUUUGUAGCAAGCCUGUAAAUACGAAAUUAUAUGUUGCUUGACGAACUGAAAAGUUCCAUCUUGAAAUUGAAGGUUAUGAGAUUGAUAGGAUAGAGCGGGGAUAAAAUUAAUGAGUCUACCUAGACUGCCAAGAAGAAAAGCCUGCCUAGUUCCAGUUUACAAAAGAAAAUGUUUAUAAUCCUAGCUCGAGAUCUCUCGAGGUUGAUAUGAUAAUAAAAUCAUGAUAACCAUUAUGAGUAACCUAAGCAAGUCAUAAACUAUAGACGAAAUGAAAUAUUUGUUGUGAUAAUAGUAAUAACACCAACAGUUUUCGUUCUUUUGUUAAAACAAGAAACAACUUCACAACAACACAUGUUUAAAUUAACACAAAUAGGUAUGUCUUCAUUUUGAGUCUAAAAGAAUCCAUUUUAAAAUUGGAUGUAAAUACGACAAGCUUAAAACUAAGGCAGGCGUCAGGCGCGGGAUAUAAUAGCCUAAACAUAACCUCACAUUUACAAAUUUUGUUCACUGCGUUAGCGAUAGGUCACUUAUACAUUUACAAUGUAUAAAUAAGAUAUCUAGUAAUAAUGUAGAUAGAAUUUUAGAUUAACCAAAAAGAAAGCUUUUGUUUCCUCAAACGGCGCUCGCGGCGGAAUGUGUGACAUCUGAACUAGUUAUAGGUUCAAAACAUUUUCGUUUCAGAAAAGUUUUCGAUAAUUUUACCAAAACUCCAUGAACGGAGACUUACUCACGUAAGUAGGAUACAUGAUUCGGUUUGCCAGACACACGAGGUUUGAAUCCGUAUCCUGUUUGAAAUACCGUUCAAAGUCGUGUGGCCUACGGUGACCGCCCUAUAAGAGCGUGCAUGAAUGUGUGAAUGUAGGAGUAUAUUAAGGGUCAGUAUGUUAACUUAUUGAUACCGAUGAAACUACAAUAUGAACUCGACUCUAUAUCAUAUAGCGUAGAGUCAAAUAUACAUCUCUCGGGAGUAGUUGGAGAACAUAUUAUUAUAAGGAGGCCUAGUACCGGUAGGUUUCAUUCAUAAUCUAUACUAAGUUCUCGUCUAUAAGACAAAAGGAAUUUAUAAAACAAUUUAAUCAUUACCUAUAUAUAGAGAAUAGAUAAAUAAGGGUCGAGCAUUUCUUAUUAAAACCUAAAUCCGGCUCGAAGGACCAUCGUCUAAAUAAAUAUCAUUCGAGGUAGCCGUUUAUGAUUUAGUGAGAAACGCGAGAGGUAUGGUGUAAAUAGUUGGGCCUACAAAUUUCUACACCUGUGUCGCUCAGUGUACAGAACUCUGUUAUCUAAGAUGUUUAUUAAAUUACUAAAAUACUCGUAAAAUAUGUUAAGGUAUUUCGAUAUUAAUUUAUAGUCAUCUAUACUUCGUGUCACUGUAAAUAAUUUAGGAUACGUUAGCGACUCUACUCAAUGUUUCCUACGUAUCGAUGUUUUAAAUACACUUCUUCACGUUUAAAGUAUGAACACAUUGUCACUGUACGAUAUAUUGUGAAAGUAUCACUAAAGCUGUGUUCGUGCCAUGUCGACGGCGCUCGGGGCCGCUCGGGGCCGCUCGGGGCCGCUCGGGGCCGCUCGGAGCCGCUCGGGGCCGCUCGGCGCACAUCGGUCGCUUCCGCGAUUCACUCGCUUCUGUUCCAUUUACAUAAAUCGAAUUACAGAAUAAAUAUACUAUUUGCUCAUCUUUCUAUUUCCGUCCCUUUUUAUUUCCAUGGUCUUGAAGUUUGGGUUGUACGAGUAACAUGGUUAUACUAGUUGAUAUAAGUAGCCGAUACUGAUAAUCUAGCAUGUAUUCUUAUUUACUUAGAUAUGUCCCUUAUUAGAUAUUCUUGGGCUGUGAUGGCAACCUUAAAAUUUUCAAUAUACUAGUACUUGCCUAAUAAAAAACUUAUGAUUUAUAUGGCCUGGCAACACAUGUUUUGAUACCAAUUUGAAUUUAUCCGUUAAGUCAAUUAAAGUUUUCGAAAACACAUCUACAUAUCGAUACUACAAAG